GCGACUGGUCCGAAAUUUGUAGCAACAAAACUACUAAGCGGGUCCCACUUCUCUUCGGCCCAUACAGUCCAAUUUCUCCGUCGGCCGCUGCCAAUUUUCAGGCCAUCCCCCACUUCCGUCAGCGAAAGCCUCAAAACCCCAUCCCUGUCAGCCGGAAACUUCCCGCAAAUUCCAUCGCUUUCUCUAGUGAAAAACCCUAGCGAUGGCCGCGAGACUCGCCCUCCGCCUCAGAUCUCAACUCGUCCACACCGGCGCCUCGACCUCCCUCCGAUCCUCUAUCUCCGCCUCCGCCGCGAGAUCCCCUGCCCUCAUCUUCACACCGCUCUACGAAAUACCCAACGUUCAACUCGACGCCAGCUCAAUCACCGCCUCGCGGCUCCUCUCCACGGCCCGGCGCGGCCCGACCCGGCCCAAGCAGGUUGACAUCGGGGCCCGCGCGCGGCAGCUCCAGAACCGCCGUCUCUGGACCUAUGCCCUGACAUUCAGCUGCAUAGCAGGGUUCAUCGUGAUCGUUCUUAACCAAUUUCAGGACCAGUUGGUGUUCUAUGUGACGCCUACCGAUGCCAUGGAGAAGUACGCCGCCAAUCCUUCGAAGAACAAGUUCCGAUUGGGCGGCUUGGUCCUAGAAGGCUCUGUCGCACAGCCUGCUUCAUCGCCUGAAAUGGAGUUCGUUAUCACGGACUUGAUCACCGAUAUCUUGGUCAGGUACCAGGGGUCGUUGCCGGAUUUAUUCAGGGAAGGGCACUCGGUGGUGGUGGAGGGAUUUGUGAAGCCCAUCACCGAUGACGUCAAGAAGGAAGUGUCUGCUAGGAGUGUUUCAGGGAAAGCCAGAAGCGGGCAGUGCUAUUUUUCGGCAACGGAGGUUCUAGCAAAGCACGACGAGAAAUACAUGCCGCAGGAAGUCGCCGCUGCUAUAGAGAAGAACAAGAAGAUGCUCGAAGCGGGGGAAGGCUCUGUUGUGGGAGUUAAGGCAUCAUAAAUUCUGUUGCAGUAUAUUCUGAGUUUUUCUAUUGCCGGAUAAGAAGAGGAAGCAGGAUACGAUUGAAGGGUCGUCUGUUAUCAAUUGUCGGGUAUAAUUUGACAUUAACAAUUCAUUUAUAAUUUACGACAGUUAUAGUAUGUUCUGAGAUUGCUUGUGUAUUGCAAACAGAGUAAAGAGGAAAUGAUUAGCGAUCGGGAUUAGUUCGUGAGUUUUUGAGUAGAUGUCUAGGAGAAUGAAAUGAAGUUAUUCUUUUGCAGAGGCGAGAGGACAUUUUCUUCAUGCGUUUGUAAUAGCACAUUGUGGUUUGAUUUCGACCCAUUGUUACCUUGAGUCAGUCAGGGUGAGGAACAUUUUUGCAAUAAUAAAAGCCCCAGAGCAAUUCGAUAUUUAUCCAUGUCUGAACUUGCAUUGUAAAUCUGUAAUUCGAGCUGGAAAUGUUGAUGGCCUAUCUGAACUUGCAUUGUCGAUCUGUAAUAUGAGCUGCAAAAGUAAUGGGCCUGUAUAUGUUGUUACUUAGUGAGGUUUCGUGCACUACAUCUCGUUCAGUUGCAUUUAUUGCUAUUACCACAGACUUUAGGAUCUUUUCAUUGGAAUGAGCACUUGAUUUGCUACCAGUAGAUCGGGGAGAAUUCAUAAUGCAACUGGUUUGAUCAAUCUGAUAUAUGCUUAUUUUUUCAACAUCUAAACCUUACAGUCGGGAGACUCGGGGCAGGUUUAUUGUAUUGCGAUGUUUAUCGGCUCUACAUAUUCAGAUGCAAUGCAAGUCAUGCUAAAUGCUAGUGAAACAGGAUUACUUGAGCGAGUGACGAUCUCUCAACCUCUUAAGGUGGCUAAUUGGGAGGUCUUUCUGGUCAUUGAAGAUUCUCGGAGAUUGUUCUUGGAGUUGGAGGAAGAUAUUGCAGCUCAGACAACAAUGAUGCCUCUUCUCCAAUAUAAAAUAGGUUCAAGAGAGAAGACUUCAUUCUGGGCUGACCCUUGGCUUCCUGUGGGUCCACUGGUAAGUUACUGUGACAAAGGUUUUUAUGUUUCCCUCUAUACCACUGAAUGAUACAGUGAGCCAUGUGUUGAGAAAUGGGGGUUGGGCGUGGCCUCGAGCCUCUGACCCUCAGGCUAUUGAAGUAAAGAACAUGGUUGAGGCUUUGCAGCUUUCUGAACAGAAUCGGGUGGUUUGUGUGGCCCAUAAGCAUGGUAAGUUCACCUCCUAUAGUACUUAGAAGCACAUCGGACCUAAAAGUGCUAAGGUACCAUGGAGUAAAUCCAUAUGGUUUGUCGGACAUGUACCGAGAGCCUCUUUUAUCUUCUGGCUGGUGCUAAGAGAUGGGUUGAGCACAAAUAAUAGAUUGGGCUGUUAGGGAAUCUAUGCUUGUUCGAUGGAGUGCAAAUUCUGCGGUCACAAAACAAAGACAAGGGAGCAUCUCUUUUUCAUAUGCAUUGUUAGAAGGACCAUUUGGUUAAGCUUGCUUAACAGGAUUGGUAUGCAGAUUGGUCCUCAGAAGUCAGAUGGGUUGAAAAACUGGAAGGAAGAGCUUUGGAUGUCAACAUUCUCAAGUUGAUGUGGUCUAACUAUGUCUACCACAUUUGGCUUGAGAAGAAUAGAAGGGUUUCACCGGUUGUAAGGUCAAGCUGAGGAUCAUCACAUUGGCUAAUCUCUCUUUUAAGUUUGCUAAGUCUAAGCUGGUCGUUUUCUUAAACAUAUCAGGAAGUUUUGAUGUAUAGUGCUUGUUGUAUUUUAUAAGCCUACUUGGGCUGUUCUUGGAUUGGUGGAUGUUUGUAAAUAUAUUCGAUGUUUUGAUCUAAUGAGAGUUACCACUUAUCAAAAAAAAAAAAAAAA